CGCUUUCUCCUUCAGGGCGUGGGGGGGCUUUGAGACAUUUAAAUAGACCGGGGUCGAUAUGAAGCGCUAUUCAGCCUUUUUUCUUUCAAGCCUGAACAAAAGAAAAAACUAACCAAGAACCAUGGUUGAGUGGACUGAUCAAGAGCGCAGCAUCAUCACCAGCAUCUUCUCCGGCCUGGACUACGAAGAUGUCGGCCCCAAGGCUCUUAGCAGGUGUCUGAUCGUUUACCCCUGGACUCAGAGGUACUUCGGCAGCUUUGGUAACCUCUACAACGCCGAGGCCAUAAAGACCAACCCGAACAUCGCAGCCCACGGAGUCAAGGUGCUGCACGGUCUGGACCGCGCCGUCAAGAACAUGGACGACAUCAAGGCCACCUACGCCGAGCUGAGCGUGCUGCACUCCGAGAAGCUCCACGUCGACCCCGACAACUUUAAGCUGUUGUCUGACUGCCUGACCAUCGUCAUUGCUGCCAAACUGGGCUCUGGCUUCACCCCAGAGGUUCAGGCUACCUUCCAGAAGUUCUUGGCUGUGGUGGUGUCCGCACUGGGAAGGCAGUACCACUAAAACCCAGAAGCCUCUGCACCUGAAGAGGAGCUCUAGGGUGUCUUCACAUGUCUUAUGUGUCUCUUCUAAAGGAAUAAAGACCCACUAAAGCAAAAAAAAAA